AUGACACUUGCUCAAUUAAUCCCAGCCAGAGAUAUGCAACUCAGAUAUGCUCAUCCCUCGAAGUCAAUACUCCCUGCCUGGACAGCUGUGGUCUACUCCUUUGAUAAGAUCGUGAGCAAUAGAAAGACAUCAGAAGGCGGAAUGAAGGCACAUGUAGUCAUUUAUAUUCCAAUGGUUGAGGAGAAUGAACGGAGGAUAUCUAUCGGUAUUUCAAACUUCAAUGGUAUCGCUGGGUUUCCCACGCAUGAUGAAACAAAGUAUAACAAAUUAUGCUAA